AGUGGCGAGAUCGAGGCGAGUGGGGAUACCGCUAUAAGAAGAUAAAUCACCAACGAACAGACAGUUUACGGUUGGAUCACCGAUCAAGAGCGCGGCAUAGAGGUCUCUACGACUUGUCUCGUUCCAACGAAUUCGCCAUACAUCGUCGACUGCUCUUAAAAGAAAAAGCAGAGAUCUACUCGGCAUAAACACGUUCAAGGUCUUCCGAUUUGUUCAAGGAUAACAUGUCGACCACGUUCAGGAGCGUCCUCAUAAGCGAUCCUGUGGCCGACAAAUGCGUAGAACUGCUUCGUUCUCACGGCGUCUCUGUCACCACCAAGUACAAGCUUCCCAAGGAGGAAUUGAUUAAAGAACUUCAGAACCACGAUGCCCUGAUCGUUCGAUCGGAGACCAAGGUAACCAGCGACGUGUUCGAUCGGUGCCCGAGUCUUCGUGUGGUCGGCCGUGCUGGAACUGGAGUGGAUAACAUCGAUCUUGAGGCUGCCACGCGGAAAGGAGUGAUCGUUUUAAACACUCCAGGCGGUAACAGCAUCAGCGCUUGCGAAUUAACUUGCGCGCUGAUCUCUGCUCUGGCACGGAACGUGGUACAAGCGGCUCAAUCGUUGAAAGAAGGACGAUGGGACAGAAAAUUAUACUCCGGAUUCGAGCUGUUUGGAAAAACACUCGCGGUACUCGGCAUGGGUCGGAUUGGACGCGAGGUCGCUCGAAGGAUGCAGGCAUUUGGAAUGACCGUUGUCGCGUUUGAUCCAUUGCUCACCCACGAACUUGCCAGUCAGCUCGACGUCCGGAAGCUCUCGUUGGACGAGAUAUGGCCUAUUGCGGAUUACAUCACCGUGCACACGCCGCUCAUUCCUCAAACGAAAAAUCUGAUUAACUCGACCACGCUGGCGAAGUGCAAGGCAGGAGUACGCAUCGUGAACGUGGCUCGAGGUGGCAUUGUUGACGAGGAAGCACUGUUGAAUGCUCUCACGUCAGGCCAGUGUGCCGGUGCAGCCUUGGACGUGUUCAUCGAGGAACCACCGAAAAAUCCAGUUACUUUGAAGUUGGUCGCACACCCCAAAGUCAUCGCCACUCCUCAUCUCGGGGCGAGUACCGCUGAGGCACAAACGCGGGUCGCUAUCGAGAUAGCCCAACAAUUCUUAGCUUUAGCGGGCAAAACAAGCGAAUACGCGAUCACGGGAAUAGUGAAUGCUCCGAUGUUAAGCGCCGCGAUGUCAGACGAGAGCGCACCGUGGAUAGUACUGGCGAAGAAACUGGGCCAACUGGCUGCUCGAUUCUUGAAGGGAAAGCUAAACGUGAAUAUACAGAGUGAAACCGUUGGUAACGCAUCCAUGAAGGAGAAAACGUUCGUCCACACUGCUGUCCUCGUUGGAAUCUUGUCGGGGCAAACGAAGAACGGUUUGAAUCUGAUUAAUGCACCCACGCUGGCACGCGAGACAGGCAUCGACGUGAAAGGAAGCCACGUGUCGGCCGAUGAGGAAGCUAUCGUCGUACAGGUGGAGGGUCACCGUAUCAAAGGAACCGUUCGCAACAAUGAACCACUCUUGCUCUCGCUGGACGACACCGCAUUCUCCAAUGGAGUUACUCUAGACAACUACGUCUCGUUGUACCAAGCGAGCAACGUGCAAGAUAUGGCACAAAUCAUGAACGCCUUCUCUACGAAAGGCAUCAACGUUCGUAACUUGAACGCCAACGGUAAUUGGAUGAUUGUACAAACCGACAAGGAGGCUUAUGUACGCAUUGAUGGUAUUGAAGUUUUUUAAGAUAGCUUUGUAAAAGCUUUCCCUUCUUCGCCCUACUACGUAGAAAGAAAAUUCAGUAUUCCGAAAUUCGUGACGAUUUCAUCUUUACGAAGUUACAUGAUCCUGUCCUAUUCCCGUACAUACUGUUUAUUUAUUGCGCUCAAUUGAAAAAUUCAAAUCGGAAGGAAAAAAGCAGUGUUUCCAUUGUAAAAGCAGUUGUACUACGAUCAAAUGUAAUUGAACGUCUUCUUUAUCAAUUUUACAUACAAACGUACACACACACACACAUACACACGUGCGCGUGCGCGCGUAUAC